GACGGGGGAAUGGGGCGGAAGGAAGGGGCGGGGCGAAGGCGGGCGGGACGAAUCCUGCUCAUUCUUCUCGCGAGAAGAGAAGCGCAGCACCAGGAAGGGCAUUCCCGGAAGUGCCGUCUGGGGCGCUGCGGGUCGGCCGGGGUCGCCGACAUUGGACGCUGACACCCCCCCUUCCCGCCCAGCUCCGGUCCUCUACCCCAGCCCAGCGGCCUCUGAGGCGCCGGCGCCGCGGCCCGUUCGCCAUGGACGAUACCCUGUUCCAGUUGAAGUUCACAGCAAAACAGUUGGAGAAGUUGGCCAAGAAGGCUGAGAAAGACUCUAAGGCUGAGCAAGCCAAAGUCAAGAAGGCUCUUCAGCAGAAAAAUGUGGAAUGUGCUCGGGUCUAUGCUGAGAAUGCAAUCCGUAAAAAGAAUGAGGGUUUGAACUGGCUUCGGAUGUCUUCCCGUGUGGAUGCAGUGGCCUCCAAGGUCCAGACUGCCGUGACCAUGAAGGGGGUAACUAAGAACAUGGCUCAGGUGACCAAGGCCCUAGACAAAGCCCUCAAUACCAUGGACCUGCAGAAGGUGUCUGCUGUGAUGGACAAAUUUGAGCAGCAGGUUCAGAAUCUGGAUGUUCACACUUCGGUGAUGGAGGACUCGAUGAGCUCAGCUACCACACUGACCACUCCUCAGGAGCAGGUGGAUAGCCUUAUCGUGCAGAUUGCUGAGGAAAAUGGCUUGGAGGUCAUGGACCAGCUUAGUCAGCUUCCUGAAGGGGCCUCUGCUGUGGGAGAGAGCUCUGUUAGAAGCCAGGAAGACCAACUAUCUCGAAGGUUGGCGGCCUUGCGAAACUGAACUGUACCUCAGCCUGAUGGACUGCUUUCCCUGCACUGAUCACACCCUGGGAAGGAGUGGGAGAGAGGCUGUGUCCUCCAUCCCCCCUACCCUUCCACAGCCUCUGCGGAAGAGAAGCAGCCAACUCCUCCUACUGUUACCCUUUGCCCUGCCAAUCUCUGAUGGCGUUGGAAUCUACCCUUUUCUCUGGGUGUGGAUCUCUGUGGGGAGUAAGCUCCUACCAUCCAUUUGUACCUUGUUUCUAUGCCAAUGGACCUCCCACAGAGCGUUGACAGGGAAGACCCCACUGCAUCACCUGGGCUUUUGUGUUGUCAGCUGUGCUCUUAGUGGAGGUCAGGCAGCGCUGUCUGGAUUCUGACAUCUCCAAAGGAAUCUUUCUUUUCUGUACACUUGAAGGAAUACUGACUUGAUUUGAAUGCAACACUACUUGGUUAUCUUAGGGGCUUUAGGUGAUUAGACUCUUUGGUAUUGCUUCAUUUCUGAUGUAUUGCAUGUCUGGGUCCUAUUCCCUUAUAAAAUUGAACUAACCCCUUGGGGGGAGGGGGGAUGAGCGUGGUAGCUUUGUCCAAGGCUAAAUGCACCCAGCAGACUUCCGUUCUGCAGAUGUCUGGUGAAAUUGGAAAGGGACUCUGCAGAGGGGUGUGUGUGACAGGAGACCCCAUCCUUCUUGGGCAGUGACUGUGUACAUAAAGGGGGUUCCUGGGUCCUUGAGUUGGCCGCCGGGUGGGCCUCAGUGAUUCCUGUCCGCUCUGGUGAUACAGAUUGGCCAUGUUGGGGAGUCUGGCUUUGUGCAGAUCAAGUGGACCUUUGAAAACUUCCCUCCCAGUGAGUGGCCUUUUAGGAAGGAACUAUCUCCCAGUGUUAAAGGUAUAGACUCCCUAGCCCAGACCAGACUUGAACAAGGAGCUGGAGUUCUCAGUUACUUAUUCAGCUGCUUCAUCAAAUGGAUUCCUUCAGUAAACAGCUAGCUCAGCAUUUGAGGGAGAACUGUUGGUUUCUGUGCUCUUGGGAGCUAGUCUGUUCUUGAGGACAGGCAGGAGGAGACAGAUGAAUAGUGGUAAUCCCUAAUAGACAAGGCGUCCCAGAAGUCUUAGUGCCGUUUUAGGCUGUUGAACUUAGAUUAGCCAAUUUUGCCGGGUUCCUGCCCCAAUUGCAGUCCAGUAGCUUUAAGCAGUUAAGCCUUAAAAUGGUGGUAAGACUUUUGGGACACCCUCUAUAUAAGCCUUACUAUUCCUGGGUGACACUUGCCUAGGGAGUUCUGCUGUAGUCCCCGAAGAUACUGCAGUGGGGUUUUUAAUCAUUUUUAAUCCCCUUUCAGUUUCUUAGAAGUGUUUGUGGUUUACAUUUUCAACCCUACCAAAACUUGGGUUAUUAAAUUGAUUCAUAAUUAGAAUCUCUGCCCUAGGAUCAGUAGCUAAUGAUAACACGUUUGCAUGGCCCCAUUCCUUCUCAGCAGACUAAGGGAAGCUCAUGAGCUGAGAGCUCAGCCUGGGCGCCGCAGGAGAACAUUGCCAUUUAUCUAUGGAAGGCUCAUAGUGCCUUUCUGGUAUUUGUACCACUUUGUUUAUUUUUUCCUUCUUCCUUUUAUUGCAAAUAUGAUUCUUGUCCCUCCCCCCCCCUCCACUGGCAGUUCCUCCAAGCCCCAUCUGCUCCCAUCUGUUGUUUCCCUCGUGGAGGGGCUUGAUUUAGGACACAGUGGGCUUGUGAAGGUGAACUUGGACAUUAAUCCCCAACUCUCAGUGAUGCCGACUCUAGGGACUAUCUGCAGCUCUGAACCAUCGGGAGAAAAGCAAAAAAGGUUCAUAAUUGUGCACUUGAUUUUAUUCUCUCCUCCUCCUCUUUCCCAGAUAGCUCUUUGCAGGCCUGCAGAAAAAAGCAUGAGCCCAGAGCAGUUUUCUGUCUGCUGAAACUUACUCAUUUUCUUGAAGCUUCAGGGGUUUUGGUGGUUUUUGGAGGGAGUAGGCAGUUGGAGGUAAAUCCUUUUAGCAUCCCCACCCCAACACACACAUACUCAGUAAGAUUGGUACUUGGAGUAUCACCUUGUGCCUAUACUUGGCCAACUCUCUCACCUCUGGUGCAGUCUUCAUCAAGGAUACCCAUAGAUAGGUCCCAAAUUGUCUGUGCUGCAUAGUAAGGGAACUGUAUAUAUUUUUUUAUGAGUUGUGUAUAGAUAUGUUUGAAAAUCUUUACUUUUGAUCUUUUACCUUUGAUCCUUGUGGCCUUGGGAGCAUCUGGGUUCAGUGGAAUAAAGAGGCCCCUUUAAGGAUUUCCUUCGAAGCUUGGAAUUUGGAUGUUGGGUCAGAUCCUUGAGCGGGAGGCCCAAGAUCCUUCUGUUUUUUGGAUGGGGGUGUGUGCAUUUAGUGGAAACUAGAUAGAUUUCAGGCUUGCUUCCUAAGGUGGUGGUCACCUGAUUUUUCCACCGUUGACUUUGAUCGUGGAUGAAGAGUGUCAAGAACUCGAUGAUUAUCCAGUAUUGAUGCUCACUUUGGGAGACACCUUCCACAGACUCUGCAGCCCUCAAGAAUGUGACAUAAAGCAUCAUAAGAGAGAAUCGUAACUGCUAAAAGGGCAGUGUGAGAAGCAUGGAGUAAUCCACGGUGCGGUUGAACUCUACCCUGUUUUAGGCCCAUACAAUCAGGGACCUUCUGGGUUUGCCAUCACUGAACAAGUUGAUGAGACUGGCACCUGAGGAUAUUGUGUGUUCUCAUGUUCAUCAAAGGAACAGGCUAAUUUGCCUUAAAACAAUCAAUACCAUUAAUUUCCUACAAUGUCAUUUUAAGUAAACAAAUUCUUAUCCCUGAAAA